CUUCAGUACCUCACUUGAGCCCUAAACACACAGGGUAGAGACUAUGCAACAGCUUGUUGGUACCUGUUUCAUUUGGUCAGUCCUGACCGCUGGGGAGUCAAAUAAACCAACACCUCCAGGACACACACAUCACUACUCACCAGAGAAGAGUAGAGCCAUAGCGCAUCAUGGCCGCAAGUGUAUCAUCGAUACAGGUGUGGGAUCAAGCAGUGCUGAAACAAGGACAGUUUGUUAUGUACGAAGUGACAACAAGACUUUACCAGGGCGGUUGUCUCAGGCCUGACAGAUACUGGAAGAUGUUAGGUCCCAGUGAGCAGUCCUAUAAGGAAUAUUUUAGCUACGAUCAACGAAAGGUAUUAAUACCGUUCAACGAAUUAGAAAACUAUGAUAUCCAAGUGGCUGCCCGGGAAUUUGAUAUAAGUCUUCAUUGGGCGCUUCAGAGAAAGUUCUGUAACUUAGUCAAGUCAGAACCACUUUAUAAACGCCUACAAACUCUCGUGACGAUGAGAAAUAACAUUUGUCACCGCCAUGAUGACUCUGACAUUUUUUUCAAGUGAAUUAACCACAAGACUUGAACAGCUACUUCAACUAUGUCAAGAAAUAUGGAAUAUU